AUGCCGUACUCGACCGGCAUCUAUCACGAAGGCCGGCCUCUCGGCCUGACGAUACAGCCCUUUUCAAAGCGUACUGACAAAGUUCCCAAGGCCGACGACCUUUUUCGAUGGCACCUAGGCCUUAUGGUUAUCAACCCAGAUAGUGCUUUUCACGGUGGCUACUUCAAUGUAGAGAUACGGUUCACGAAUGAAUACCCAUAUAAACCGCCUACGUUCCGCUUCACGCCGGCGAUCUUCCAUCCCAAUAUUUACCCCGAUGGCCAGUUGUGCAUUUCUAUUUUGCAUCAACCAGGCGAGGACAUCAUGUCCGGUGAAGCCGCAGGGGAGCGGUGGUCGCCACUGCAAGGAGUCGAGUCUGUAUUGCUUUCGGUGUUGUUGUUGCUAGAUAACCCGGAAAUCUCGUCGCCUGCAAACGUCGACGCCGGCGUAUUGUAUCGUGAUAACCGCUCCUUGUACAAUGCACGGGCGCAUUCCGCUGUGGAUCGAUCGAAAAAGGAUAUUCCGCCAGAUUUUGUUAUGCCUACAAAGUUCGAAGAAGAGCCACCGAAAGCAACCGUCAACGAUGACGCUUUUUGGGCCGAGACGGAUGAGGAGUUGGACUUUGGCAGCGAUACUGGAGACGAAGAUGAACAAGAGGGCGACUUCGGAGAUGAAGACAGAAAGGAUGGCGACGAUGAGAGUGACGACGACAAAUAG